AUGACGGAGCGGAAGGAACCAGAAGUCUCAAAAAGGACAAAGCUUGCGCUGAAAGGUCUACGACUAGUCUCCCACCGAGAUAACUCAGGUACCGGUGAUACACGCCACAACUGCACAGUCAAUGCCAUCAGUCUUAUUAAUUGCUUUCGAUUAGCAUUAUCAAGCAACGGGGAAUUCCUCCGAGUGAAUGAGCGGGAAGAGCAUCCGUUGAACACUGCUAUUUAUUGGGCUGCCUUGCAGCUACAUGAUAGUGUGGAAACGGCGCAAUCUCGGGUUUUUACAAUCAUUGAAGUUGUCAGCCGGCAACCAAGGGAUCAGCAAGAUAUAAUCACGCUUCUGAAGCAUUUAAGCGUGGUCUUCGGCGCUGGCCUUGUUUUCCAUAGAGGGCUGUUUUGGUGGAAAAAAGAAGAGGUAGAUCUGUGCGCGAUAGAGGGAUGGGGCUGGCACCAACAGCACAUCUGGCCUAUCCGUUCUGCAGUCCACUACGUGAAUACAUUUCGUAACUUUCGGGAUUCACAGAAGGAUGUUUUCGGACUUCCUUGUCUGGAGAAAUCGAGAAUUUCACUGCCUCUGAUCGCCCUUUACAGCAUCGAGAAGUCUUCCAAAAUCCAGGAACGAAUGUCCUACAAGGUUAUACAACGCACUAUUCGCGGUCUGAAGAAUAGUGCUUGCAAGCCUAGGGGAGUAGUAUAA